AUGGGUGGCCAUAACCACCACAGCCAACAUAAUCACCACCAGCAACAGCAGCAACAUAUGGACACAUCGGGACAUCCACCCAUAAUGCCCUCUUCUGCUUCCUCGUCGUCCAUUUCUUCUUCGGACGCUCCAGGGGGUAGUUUUGCGCCUCGCUCGGUUUCGACAUCGUCCUUGUCACAGCUCAGUCAUUCGUCAUCGUCCCAGCAGCAUUCGCCGCAGUACUCGCAUACGCCUUCUUCGUCGUUCAGCAUCCAGCAACAGCAGCAACGACCACCCAUCCCUCCUGGCCAUCAUCAGCCUCGUCUUCAUCAUAGUGUCUCUGCGGGGAACAUUGCGAUGAUGGCGCAAUCGAGCCGGUACGGUGGCGGGUCCUCUGGCGUCUCAGGAGUUUCGGGAUUCGGUGGCGGUGGCGGUGGCGGUGGAUUAGUGGGAACAUCAUCUAUGAACGCAAGUGCGAUAGUGCCACCAAAGAAAAAAGACCCCUAUGCGACAGCCUGGAGGACGUACUCCAAGAUCGCCGAGGAGUUGCAGCUCCUGAACCCGGACGGAUCUCUCUACCCGAUCUCGAAGGAAGCUAUCCUCAAGUACCUCCACCACCAGUCCAAGCGGAUCAAGUCGAGUAACCUGCAUUGGUAUGUAAAUGGACUCAAAAAGCAUCAGGAGAACUUGGGGUUCCCUUGGGAUGACGUUCGGUAUGAUGAGCAGGUUGUCGGAUUGCUGAAGGAGUUGACACUGCAUCCAGUCAUGAUGGGUGAGAGUAAUGGUGGUGGUGGUGGUGGAGACGAUGAGAAUCAUGGGUAUGGAGGUAACCGGCAGCGUCAGGCUAGCAGCGGGAUGUAUCCUCUUGGUGCCGGAGUUGGGAGUGGUAGAACUGGUGGGCACCAUUAUUCGUCGUCUUCGAUUGAUACCACUCGGAUUGCCAAUUUGUCCAUCUCUCAACCGCCCCCCUCUCACACACAAGCUCAGCAGCAACAGCAACAACAGCAGCAACAACAACAACACGGCCAGGCGUUCGUCAAUGUGGGAUUGAAGCAGCACCACCAGAGCCACCAACAAUACUUGCAACAGCAACAACAGGCCCAUCACCAUUCCCAAAGAAUCCAGCAGCCUCCGCCUCCCAAGCCGUAUUAUCAUUCUGCCCCGAUACAGUUGCCGAAUUCAUCAUCACCGUCAGCAGUUUCGGGUCUACAUGCAAGGACCCCGAGCACUCAAGACCUGGUGGGAGCCUCUGGUGGGAUACAUCAGGGCCGCACUGCUACUGCUGGCGGAAUUCAGCAGCAACAAUACUCUCAGCAUCAGCAGCAGCAACCAUUGAGUCAUGCACUUCGAUCUGAGCCCAUGGCCGGUGGUGCUCACGUCAGUAGCGCCUUGUCCAAGCGCAAACGAGACGACUUUGCCUUCAAAAAGCGCCGUAUGCCUUCAUCUAUGAGCAUGGAAGGAGACGAACAUGAUGAGGAUGACUUGCAAGAUGAUGAUUUCAAGGACGAUGACGACGAUGAUCUGGACGCGCGACGUGGAACUGGACAUCACAACCACCGUGGCCACCAUCACGAUCCGGAUGAUUCAGAUGAGGCGGAAGACUCAAAUCGAUACCAGCCUUUGAAGCGUCGCGCCUCGACGGGGACUCUACUCAAUCAAGCCCGCGCAUGUGCGGUCAAGCAUGUCCCAGGACCAUUCGCACCUGACGAAGAGCACACCCAAGGAUCAACAACCGACCCUCAUACUGCCUCUGCUACUUCUGGUGGUGGAACUCCACCGCCCCACAGAACGCUCCACCACCGCGUCUCGUCUUCUGGACUCAAUGGCACCGCGAACCGACAUCACAACCUGCAAAGCCAUCGGUCUUAUCAAAACCUUCGUCACCACCAUCAAGGCAGUAACAAUGGCCAGCACCAUUCGCAGCGGCAGCACCAUCUCCGGUCACCUUCUCCUGAACUUCGGGAGACUAUUACUUCUUCGUACCGCCACCAGCGCCAGCACUCUUCCUCGAUGGCGGAAUCAUCAGACUCUCAGAACGCCGAUCCCCAAGCAGCUGGAGCCACGGCACAAACACCAACAACGAGUGCACAAACACCUACCAAAACGUCGGGAAAGACGACAGUGCAGUUCUCGGAUGUGGUCCAAUGUGCAUCCCAGCUACAGGCCAUGUAUGGACUCCGGUGCAAGGAUCAUCCUUGGGGGUGUGUCGAGAUCACGGAGGAUCGGCAUUUGGAACUGACGAUGAAGAUGUACCUUGAUUGGGCCGGACUUGUUGCGAGUGAGCGGCUGACGAUGAACGAGUUGCCGGACCUGCCAGACUUUAGGGACAUCCAUCCUCGACCUUUGGUUAGUGGACCCCCCGGUGGCGGCACAUUGAAGCGUAUGGUGUCGACGCCUCUCUCGUCCUCACUUGCAAGCAUCACCAGAGGAGGCCAUUCCGGUGGAAUUGAAUCCUCACGACCCAUCGCUACUACUAUCACUCGCGGCGAGGGUGGUGCUUCAGAAGAAGAUGACGACGAGGCUACAACACCGACCCGCACGACAGCAGCAUCUUACUUUGGACCAUACCGAUCUCCAACCUCUUCUUCGCCACAGAGUCACACGACGACCGCGACGACGCUGGCACACGAGAAAGACACUCCAGCCUCCGAUGAGGGACCAAGCGAAGAAGGAUUGGUCGACCAACACCGAACUCGUAUGUCGACGGCGUCACCGCCUCCACACACCAUCUUGAGACCUACUUCUGCGAUGGCGCGGCGGUCCCCACCUUCUUCGCCCGAUGGUGGGUGUACUUCCCCUUCUGCGGGGCCGACUGAGGAGAAGUCGAUGAUGAUUGCGCGUGUCAAGAAGAUGCCCAGCACGCCUAGUCUGCGCCAACAGCAUCAGGAUCACCAGUACAUGGAUGAUCAUCAACAUUACCGCCAUGAUAGCGCACGCGCAAGGCAUUCUCAGCCUCCACCUCCACUUCCAGGUUCUUCGCCUUCUGGACCUUCCUCCGCAUCAGUGGCGGCAUUGAGGGGUCAUCAGCAUAGUGGAUCCACCGUGUCCGACGACCUCCUCUCAGACGAAGAGGAUGAAGAACCGGAAGCUGAUGAAGACGAUGAUGAUGAGGAGGAUAAUGACAUGGACGUGAACCAUUACGCGUUGAGUCCAUGGGCUCCGGCACCGGCGUUCGUCCUCGCUGACGCGCGGCUGCGUGGGAGUCGCAACAUGGGCCCGACGGCGCGUCGACCAAACGCUACUCCAGCUCCUGCAGGAUUGUCCGUUGGUGGUAGUAAUGUAGAGGAGGAUGCCGAGACGAAGACGCGGUCUAGACUUCGAGACGGAACGGCCGAAGGCGAUGAAGCGGUCUCCCUUACCACUACCGCAAUGGUUCUGGACCCUGAAAGUUCCGUCCUCCAGAUAGGUGACCUCGCAUCGCACGGUCAUACCCUCCUAACUCCCAAAGGGAGAGGUAACGAUGGCGUUGAUGAACCGGUAGAGGUCACAACCCACGUCUUAGACUCCAUGAUGAUUGGUGGUCGCCAUCGCCAUCACGCAGGAUCGUCGUCGUCGUCAUCGUCGGAGGUGGCGGUUAUGGAUGUUGAUGAGGACAUGGAAGGAAGAAUAGGAGGUGGUAGUAAGAAGGAGGUCGCUGAAGUGUCACCGCUACAACAACAGCAGGAGCAGGCGCUAAAAGAACUUGAUGGGGGGAAUCUUCAGGAGCAGGAAAAGGGACUAGAGCUGUCAACAGCAACGACAGCGACGGCUGCAUUCGCUCAGUAG